UGACAUAGUAAUUGUAAUAUUAGAAAAACAUGUGGAAUGAUUCUCGUCACGUCCUUAAAAAAACAUUUCCCAGAUUGGUAAAACUUUUUUUAUGUUUGUGAAUUUUGAUAUCCAUAUGUCAAUUAGACUGUGUUUGGCAUCUGUUUGUUUAUGACUGUUUGAAAAUUUGUCGAACUUUUUUUGGCUCAUGCAAGUGCUCCAUCUACGUCUGUUAAUGACGAUAAUUGGUUAUUUUAUUCCCGAUGAUUGCAAUAGGCCUCCUAAAGGCCAAGGUGCGUUGCCAGACAUCCACUCUACCUACCAAACGGCGAUAGUAUCGAAAAAUUCAAAGGAACAGUGCUGUCAUCAGAGAGAGAGAACAGAAGAUCUCAACAGCUUUUAUGGAUUAACUGAAUACUGUUAAUGGUUUUGGUUAAUGUUUUAGGUUCGAAACGAGUCCAUGCUAAACUUGUACCAGAAGACCUGCGUCUUUGGUAAAAACUACAUAUACAAGUAGGUGGAAAAAGAGCUGCUUGACAAAGUAACUGAGAAUCCUGGAGUAGUUCAAAUAAACAACGGUUUCCAAAAUAGUUUUUACAACAUUAUAUAACCUCUUAAAAGCUCUCAGCUUUUUGUCGAAACUAACAAAAUAAUAAAAACUGUUGGUUACCCGAGUGUUAUUUUUCACACAAUAUCGUAAGUUUAAUCGAAAUUUGAAAAAAUUCUAUUCAGUCACGCUUCAAACAGCUUCAAAAACCUCAAUUUGUAUUGCGUUAAUAAAACCAUUAAUCACUAGCAAGAAAAUAAUAAAAGAAUCGUAUAGCAAGAUGUCAUGCUUGUGCCAAUAUUUUGUGACAUCAAAAAAUCGCAAGUUCAUUGGUCACAGCACGGACGGCAGUGACCUCUCAGUGUUUACACAAAAUCCACUCGCACUAACGAAGGAAGAGCCCAAGCGGGAUGAAGUCACCAAAUUGAACGAAGAAGUCUCUGCUACAGAAUUAGCUGCGGCCAAGGCAGAAAUUUGGGUACUCAAAAAACAUCUCAAUGAAGCACAAAUCUCUGUGGAGAAUUUGGAAAAUCUUGUACGCACAAUUAUACUGAAACAGAAUGAGCUAUUGGGCGAAAUGUACGAAUUGAAAAAUCAGAAUUACGAGUUGCAAGAGGAAUGUCGCAUGCAACGCGACUAUCAAAUGAUGGAACGAAAUGCUAUGAUGCGUGAAAUGCACGAGAUUAAAACGCUGCUCGGCGAUCGCACGCGAUUACUGGAGGACACUGUUGCACGUAAUUCAGAGUUGACUUCCGCUCUGCAGGACGCUAACGAAAAAAUAUAUAUGAUGGGUAUGAAGUUUUUGAAAUUGAAAGCAUCGCGUUCGAAACACGUAAAUGCCGCACAGACUACAUCGGGUAGUAAUACUGAACGUUCGAAUUCGGGUUGAUAUGCUGGAAUUUGUAUAUAAUAUACAUGACACCACUUUGCUUCAAAUUGUCCGUUGUUGUACAAAUGUUUAUUUUACUAUGUCUUUAUAUUUUAACAAAUAUUUUUGAUAAUAAAAAAGGCUGGAGUGAUAAAUCUAUUUAUACAUA